AUGGGAAAACGCGUUUGUAUAGUUUUUAAUUGCCGAAAUGGGCUGGAAUGUAUGAAAAAGCAAAACAAAGAAAAUGGAAUUAAGAAUAAAAGUCUUUUUAGAGCACCUAAAGACAAAAAAUUGUUGGAUCGUUGGACUGCAAAUUUAGGUCAGUUGAAGAGACCACUUACUGAACAUAGUUUUGUUUGUGAGGAACAUUUCAGCAUCGAAGAUGUUUUUCGUUCAAACGAUGUUUUAUUGAGUGAUGGUACAGUACAUCGUACUGAAAGAAUAAUACCGAAAUUGAGACAAAAUGCUAUUCCGAUAGUUGGCAAGAAUUAUUCAGAAAAGAAGUCCAAUGCUGAACAUGAAUCUUUUGUAGCAGAUACGGCAAAUUUGAUCAGUGAAGGUUAUGAUGAUAUAAGUAUAGAAAUACCGUCCUUAUUCGAUAACGUUACUCCUCAAAGAAACGAUCAAGAUUGCGAGCAAGAUGUAGAAUAUACCGAAAAUAGGUUGUAA